AUGGUAACGACCAAUGUGCCGACUGCCUAUCCAACGAAAUCUUCGGCUUCUCUGCCGACUGGCAGGUGUUUGUUUGCAAAGAAUGCACUGGUUUGUAUGCAUUUCUCACCAACAUUACGCAGAAUGUUAGAAACUCAUAUCAAAUUAGGUGGCGGAUGGAGAUCCCUUGCAUUCCUAAAGUCAGCUGACCAGGAAGAGUUAGCGAAGCUGCUGUCCUCCAGUAAGGGCAACACUCAGGUGAACGCCGAGCUAGAAGCUGAACUUCCCCUGUCCUUCCGCCGUCCAUGGCCUGGUGCCACCUGUCCCGACUUCUAUCGCGAGUAUUUUGUCCAAUUUAAGUAUAACGAGAAGGUCUUUGCACCAGGCGCAUCUGCCAGUGGUCUACAGGCGGACUUUACCAACCCGGUUAAGAGUGGCAUGCUGCUCAAAAAAUUACGCGAAGGGUCGCAAUUUUUACCGCGUCUCUUUGAAAUAAACGGCACUAGUAACUCUCUCAAGUACUUUAUCAAGUCCACGGACACCGAUCCGAAGGAGAACAUUGAUUUGGAACGCUGUAAUAUGACAUUUGUUGAUCCCAGCGAGUUCGGCUUACCACCACACACUGCGCUGGUGCAAUUUUUACAAGACAAUUCUACGCGCCACAUUUUUUUGCGUUCGGACAACAGUCGUGAGAUCUCCAAUUGGUACAAUACUCUACGUCUCUGCAAGUAUCAACGCUUGCGUCUGCACCUCUCAGGUUCUGGCUCUGAUGCAUCUCCGGAGGAGAUAGUUUCUCAUCUGACCUCCGAUCUGGACAAAGUGGGUUGGAUAUUCAAGGGAGGACCAGACUCCAACUACACAUUUAGAAGGCGUUGGCUAAUGCUUACGCACCGACGGCGACUACUCUAUGCAAACGAUCCUCAGUCGGCCUUUUCUAAGGGUGAAAUAUUCAUUGGUUCUGAACACGAUGGAUUCGCGGUGACGGAGAAGGCUCCAGACGACUGGAAGAAGUGCCCAACGGAGUUUCCGUUCACAAUUUGCACACCAAACAGGUCUUUUGUCUUUUGCGCCAACUCGGAGGCUGAUCGGAGUGAGUGGGUUGCUAUGCUUGUGGCUCUACUUAAGCGGCCUGUCACCUUCUUAGAUGAAAAGGAAGCAGCCUCUGUGUUCAGCCGAAGAAAGUAA